AUGGGUGGAAGUGGAAAAAACAUUCAUCGACAAAAACAAGAAAAAAGUCAAUGGGAAUGUCCUGUAUGCACUUAUCAGAAUGAUAAUUCUCGAACGCGUUGUGAAAUGUGUCAACAGGGUCAACAGCCACAAUUUUCAUCAGAUAUAACGUCUACGCCUGCUUCAGAUGUCUUUCAUAGGCCUGAUCUCUCUAAAUCCUCGACACCCCAUGCAUCGAAACCAUAUGCGCCACAUCAAGAGAAUGAAAGAACCGUUUAUAUUCAAGAUUUGCCGACGAACAUCAAAGAUGGCGCUGAACUAGAAAAGCGACUUCUUCAUCGCAUCAAAACAGUCUGUCACUUAGAACCGGUCGACAUCAAGUGUUAUACGAGUUUCGGCAUUGGUAUUAUUCUUGUUGCCCAAGUUCAAGACAAAAAAUAUCUUGUCAAGGAGGUUGGAACUAUCACAUUGCAUACAGAUGGAAGCGAUAAGAUAUCGUUCGUUCCUACACUAGAACUAAUUUCAUACAUUGUACUAGAUGGGAAACAAGACAAAGGUGGUACUCAUCUACUAACCACUGAAGAAAUAAGUCGCCGUUGGUCAGAGUUGUACAAGGGUGAAAGACUGCCCCAUUGUGAUCAAUUGAACAUUCAGUUUCCCAAUAUAUAUCGUGUUAUCUCUGUAUCCUUAGAUCAAUUACUCAAAAUUAAACAGAAUCCGGACUUUGCGAUUGGUGACCAAUUUGCUCGUGUCUACAUUUGUGCCGAUUGUAGUUUUCUCGAAGAUCUACCGCGAGCAUUGAGUGAAGAUCAAUUGCGACGAGCUAUUGGUAUCUCAAUUAAAAAAUCGAGUUUAUCAGUAUCAUCUCUGUACGUCCAGUUAAACAAACAGACAGGCAAUGCAUGUGUUCUUGCCACAGAUGCUGCACGACCAUGGUCAGUAGAAAGCCACUUGAUGAUUGGUGGCAAGUCAUAUUCAAAGAAGAACAGCCUCAGUUGUCGUCUUUCUCUUCAUCCUAUUCCACCGUCAUUUUCCAUCCAGAAGAUUAUCAAUCAUCCAGCAUUUGCUGGAGAAGUAAUCAAUCAUAAACAAAACGGAGAAAAUCUCAUUCUUGAACUUGGGAACAAACAUGUUUUUGAGGAACGUGUCACGGCCGGCGUGCUUCGCAUCGAUGACACUUUGCGCUUACAUGUGAAGGUUUAUAAUGCUUCCAGCAAUCCAGAAGGAAGUGAAAUUGAUACCGACACAUGGUAUGAAACAGAAAUGCCAAAAUACAAAGCGGACAUAAUGCAAUUUGUUGUUGAUCCUAAACAUGAAAUCUUUCGAUACAAGUGGAAUUCUCAAAUAUGGCUCGAACAGUUUAAAAGAACAAUACCUCACGAUCGUGAGAAUAAGAAUGUACGUGAUCGAAAAGAAACAGAUACCAAUAGAACACGUCAUCAAUUGCGGGUAACGGUGAUGUUGAAUACAAUCGGUGUCAUACUAAAGGGAAGCUAUAAGCUCGAUGAACGUGACAUUAGCUUGAAUUUAGACAGUCAAAUGAAGACAAUCGUUUACGACCAUCGAUCGAAGUUAGAACAACGUGAAAAAAUGCCGACAUCGGUUCCACCAUAUCAUUCAACACGAGUUGAAGUGGUGAAUGAAGAUUGUCUUCUUGUCUACGAACGUUUAGCCAAGAAUGAUCAACGGCCACUUCUUCUUAACAUGGCCAAUGCCACGAAUCCCGGUGGUGGCUAUCGAAAAGGUGAUGGAGCACAAGAAGAAAAUCUUUUUCGACGAUCGGACUAUUGUCGAAGUCUUGACGUUGGUCUCGAUGACGUGCACAAACGACCAAGUACACGUUACCAUUGCUCAUCGAAUUGUAAACUUGAUCGUCUAUCUGACGAUAGCACUAUGUAUCCGAUGAACGAAUUCGGAGCUAUCUAUACAUCAGGUAUAACUGUUUUUCGUCAAUCCGAAGAUACCGGAUAUGCCUUUAUGAAAAAACCUCUCGAAGGUGUUUGUUCAUUAGCAAUGGCUGCUUAUCGAGAUCCAAAGUUAGAUGGAAAUAUGUUAGCAGGAAAAUAUGCAGUGGGAAUGAGGAAAAAAAUUGAGAACAUAUUUGCUAUUGCUUAUCACCAUAGACACGAAAGUUUAGUACUAUCGGCUAUUGGCUGUGGUGCAUUCAAGAAUCCUCCCGAUCAUGUUGUGCAACUCUUUCGUUCGGUUAUCGAACAGUAUGCAGGAUUCUUCAAGUUGAUUAUAUUUGCCGUCAUUGAUGAUCAUAAUUCCGGCAGUCAUUUGAAUCCGAAAGGUAACUUCAAACCGUUUAAAGAAGCUCUUGAUGGAAAUACCAUAGAACCGUUGUCUUCAAUGAAUAAACCAAAUACAAUGUUUGGUCCUUAUCUACUUUUAUCUGAUGGUUCAUCAGUGGGUGAUAUCUGUAUUUUUGAUCUGCCACCGUGUCAAUUCGGUGCUAAAUGCAAUGAGAUGCAUGAUUCUAAACAUUCUCGAGAAUACUCCCAUCCACCUCUUUGCCCAUAUGCAUCCGUUACGGGUAAAUGUCGAAAGACUAAGGAUGUUGUGCAUGUAACCUCAUUGAUUCAUCGACAACUAUGUCAACAUGGUGGUCAAUGUUCACAGAUCGAUGACGGAAAGCAUAAUCAAGAGUUCGGACAUCCAAUAUAUUGUCCAGACGGAGGAAAAUGCCAACAGAUGACAUAUGAGCAUUUGAUAGAAUUUCGCCAUUUACCACUAUGUGUAAAGGCUCAGAAAUGCAUUGAAUAUCAGAAGAAUAUUAAACCCCAUUGUAAUGCUUAUCGCCAUUGUACACCACAGUGUCUGUAUGGAAAUCACUGUGUCAAUUUUCACGAUAAACAACACAUGGAUGAAUUUGCACACCCGUUUCCUACUCCUUGCCCGUUUACACCAUUUCAAUGCAAAUUUCACGACGAAUUCACAGAUGCCGCUGACAGCCGCAAACGUUCAUCUAGCGUUGAGCAGCAUUGCCUUGAUUAUGCUCACGUAUGUCGAGCUGGCCGUAACUGUGACAAUAAAACAGCGUUGCAUUUAAAAAAAUCCAUUCAUAUUGCUCGUUAUGUCUGUCUGAAGGAUGGCAAAUGUAAACAGCUUAACGAUGAGAAUCAUUUGAAUUCGUUCACACAUUCGAAUAUUGAUGAUGUGCGACUCCCAUGUAAAUAUGAUGAUCGAUGUUACUAUCGUCGUCAACCUGAUCACGUAACCAAAUAUCGACAUGCCGUAACUUUCGAGUAUGGUGGCAUUUUACGUUACUACAACUUGAAUAAGGACAUUGACUUUGUUGAAAAUCAAAAGAAUAUUAUUGCACGUGUCACAGACUAUGUUGAAAAGAACAAUUGGAAACCACUACCAUCCGGAUCUGUUCCUCGUGAAAUUCUCGAUUGGUUGCGUUCGGUUCAACCUAUUCAUCGAUGCAAUCGGAUUAUAUUCGAAUCGAUCCUUCUUCAUGGACAUGUCAUGAGUCGAGACUAUAUGGUCAACUUAAAACAUUCGAAAUUCGUUGCGAACUCUGUUUUGCAACAUGGUCGAAUACGACGCAUUGGUGCAUUACGAGAGAAACUCGUGGAAGAACGUGCUAAUGAAUAUAUCAUCGCCCUAGUCGAAGAUAUCUUUGAGAAAGAAGGAUUCUACACUCAUCUGGCGACAGUCGCAGGUGAAGAAGGGGCCUCAGCACCACUGGUUCGUGUUUAUCAAACGUCCUGUUCGGAAGUUAUUAAGACGAGGGAGACAUUUCUCUCACGUAUACUCAAAGAGAACGAUCUGGAUGCUAUACGAAACAAUGCAUUGGAAAUUGCUCGAGCUUCCAUUAAACUUCACAUGAAUCCAUCGGGAAUUGGGUUCUCCAAGGACAAAGAUUUGGAAACAGACAAAAGUGUGUUUAGUAUUCUCGGACCUAAUUUGGGACACUACUAUGGCGAUGUUAUCAUUGUUUUUAAACGCGAGAUUUUACAUCACCCUGAUGCUAAUUUUUGUAUUCAAGCAGCAACAUCGUUUGCCAGCGGAAGUCUAUUUACUUUGCGCCCAUGGUGGGGUUCGGAUCCUGGUUCACUUGACGAACGAGUCAAAUUGUAUCACCAAGCAAUAUUGAACGCAUCGGUUCCCGGCUAUGAAUAUGCAGCUGCUCUUGAAUUGAUCGCCUUUACAAGUUUGGAUUUGAAGUUGAAUUCAAUGGAUAUUGAUCUUGAUCAGAUUCACAAACGUUGGCUCAACGUCGAUGCACAUUUGACCGUUGAAGGCCAUCUACCGCGACUCAUUCCGUUGAGCUAUAUCGAUCAUGUCUAUAUGCCAAAAAAUUUUUACGAUUCAUUCAGUGAUGACGUCCGUAAGGCAAUCCAUGCAAAUUUCAAACAUAAUUUCACUAUUGUAUCGUUCGAUGGCGACCCUAAUCAGCCGCGUGGACCUCAUACGCCAGUACCGAAAUCAAAAUCUCGUGCUGGUUUUCAAGAUUUUGUUGUUAAGGAAUUGUUUAAACAAUAUUCUGAACAAAGAAAAUAUCCACCAUCGAGACCUGUUCAAGGUACAGCAAUUACAAUAGCAUCAAGUGAUUUCACUAACCAUUACAUGUUACCACUAACCAUUAAGCAAGCCUACCAACAGUACUGUUUUCAAAACAAACACCGACCACGAGGAAAUAUGACUUAUAUCUAUUGGCAAGUGGUCAACGGUGACAUGAUGUUGACGCUAUGCAAUGAACCAAUCGAUCAGGACAAUAGACAACCAGAUCUUCGUUGUUUAACAUGUUACGUUGCUGGAAAACCAAAAGCAAAUAUCUUGCCUUAUCAUGAAAAUUAUUCGUAUCUGAAUAAUCAUCAACCAUUUAAACAUUUGGUUUUAAAAGAGAGUAACAAAUUCGCUGCUAGUUCGAAUACAUUCUAUGUUGGAUGUAAUACCGACGAUCUCAUGACAUUUUGUCUUGAAAUUGAUCGUUCAAGUGGUACAGUCACACUGUCUCAUGCCGGUCCGAAUGGAAUCUACAAUCAUGAAAGAAUUUCUCAUGCAUUUAGCCGAGGAGCACUCGAUUUAAAUCAAUUGAAUUUUAUCCAUGUCAGUGCCGGUUCUCAUGCAGUUCCGAUUCGUAAUUUGAUCAUUUGUUUCGAGAAACAAGUCGAUUUCCAUCCGACAUUCGAUAAAGAUUAUAGGGAAGUUCCUUCACCAUCACCAGCACAAAAUAAGAAAAAUGAUAAUGAUGCUAGAAUUCCAUCACCUUCUUCGCCAAAAAAAGAUGCUGACGAGAAAAAAUCUGGCGGAUUUUUCGGCAUGAUGAAACGUUUCUUUGUCGGCGAUGUAGUACCUUGUCGCGAUAACGUCAACUGUCUUAUACAGUAUUCUAAAACCGAUAGUGUUGCACACAACUCGAAAUAUUCACAUCCAUGUCCAUACUCGGAACUCUGUCGUGAGAAGGAAUCUUAUCUUACACAUGAACCCCAUAAAGUAUCUAUGUGUAAGUUUGACAAGAAAUGUGACCAGAUAAUUGAUCCGUUUCAUCGAGCUGCUUAUCGUCAUACGGAUUUACCCGAUUUUCUUAAACCGUGUCAUGAUCAAAGUGCAUGUCGCAACGAGUCGAGAAAACAUCGGACAAAAUACUCACACGGUGAAAAAGUCUAUGGAACGAAAGCAAAAGAAGUAGCACGAGAAAAAUCACCACGACGAGAUCGACACGAUCAUAAUCCAGAAAAACCACAAUGUAACUGGGGCUCAACAUGUCGAAACAUUGGAAAUCAUCACCAUUGUAAAGAAUUUUCACAUCCUGUUGUCGGUAGUGAAGACGUACCACAAGAGAAAGAUCAUCGAACUUCUUGCAAAUACGGUGUACACUGCCGAAAGAUGGACAAUGAGCACCAUCGAGCAAAAUAUUCCCAUGUAAAAGAUGAAAGUCCAUCAGACGAUUAA